AUAUAAUUUAAGUUGUCUGAAUGGUUGUAACGAUUUUGUAGCUACUGAAUUACUAGUAUAAUUUAACUUUAAACACUUCAUAAAAUAAAUCAUUGAUUAAAGUAGACAUAAAAUAAAAUAAUGAAUCGAUUCAUAGCAUUUUGUAUCUUGAUUUGUGGAAUUUCUGGAGUUCUCAGUGAAACUUGUCAAAAACCUGAGGUUGUUGCAUCUGCAUAUGUUACAGAAGAUGCUACAAUUCUGACACAUGUUGCAUUUACAACACAGUUUGUGCUUAAAUGUAGUAACGGUGUGAAGGGUAUUACAUUGUAUGCUGAAAUUGAUGGCAAAUCAUUACCUGCUGCUAGAUUAAGUUCUGAUAACAAAUACCAGGUUUCUUGGACAGAAGAGAUAAAGAAAGCACGUUCUGGAGAUUAUGAGAUAAAAUUAUACGAUGAAGAAAGAUAUGCAGCCAUACGUAAAGCAUAUAGAAAUGGAGAAGAUCCAAGCAGUGUGAAACCUUUAGCUGUAGUAGUACUUAAUAAUCCAGGCAUUUAUUUAGGACCUUGGGUUAAUUCUGAACUUCUUGCUGCACUUUUAGCAGCUUUAGUGUCUUAUUCUGCUUUCUCUUCUAAAUUCAAACUCCUUGCUUGAAUAUUUGUUUUAUAAAUAAUAAAUGUUUUAUUAAGAAAUUAUUAUGUAAAUUAAAUAUUACUAAAUCAAA